AUUAAUUCUCUCCUUCCAUCCUUCUCCCAUCUUCUCUUCCAGAGCCACCACAUCCUGGAUGGUCAGCUGGGCAGCCUAAACCCUCCCCUGCUGGUCGACCUGGUCUGGUCGUUGUGUGUCUUACAGCAAGCGGAAGCUGUCCAUUUCCAGACUGUUCUGCUGCCCAAGUUUUUCUCCAGUUUCUUUGGGAAUUGGACUCCGGCCCGUCAGAACUCCUGGCUCAAACUGAUGCACAUCAACACCACGGCCCAACUGGAGUCUCCGGGUUACGACGGGCCCUUCCUGCCACCCGAUAAACUGACCCUCCAGGAUUUGGGGGUCGACCGGAAGCCCACUUCUCUCCAGACCGACAUCAACGCCGUCCUUGCCAAGGUGGCCGGUGAUGAGGCAAAGGUCCGUUUCGAUGUGCACACCCCCUUCGGCUGGAAGCUCGAUGCCGAGAUGCUUCUGGACUCCGAAAACAACCCACUCCCCGUGGCCGAGGGGGGCGCGUUCUCCGUGGAAGGGCUGUCCAAAAAUUCUCUGGCAUCCGGGGUGAGAAGGCUGGUCUUCCUCCUUUGGGAGUUCCCCAACUUCAGCAGCCGUAGCAAAGACCUUCUGGGGCGCUUCGUUAUGGAGCGACGGCACCUCCAAACCGCCGGCUUCAUCAUUGUCGAGGUUCCUUACCACGAAUGGUUCAACCUGAACUCGGAGUGGAAGAAGACCCAGUAUCUGAAAGACAAGAUGCAGAAGGCCCUCGCCAAAGAUUUAGCGGACUAGAACUUUGCAACCGGGUGUAAAGUGCGAGUAAAUGUGAAAUCGCGUGGAAUUAAAUGAUUAUUUUGUACAGAA